AUGGACGGCCGUCGACGCCAGAUCAUCAAUGACGACCACGAGACGUUGCACCGCGAUCAUGGCACGACCACAUCCACGACAACACGACCGCAAUCGCAACAGUUCACUGGCCGUCCGCUUGACGCCUUGCAUCACGAACGCGUCACGCGCGACUCGCCUAAGUUCGCACCCUCGUCCGGUCUCUCGUCCGCCUCGUCCUGUCGCGUGUCCAACAACUUUAUUAAGUCGGGAGCCAAGCCAAAGCGAGUGGACGAGACGCGGUCGUCAAUCGUGGCCAACCGACAACGCGCCACGGAUGCGUUGCACGACGAGAUUGUUGCGUACACGGCGUCCGUACAGUCGACGGUCAAGCAAUUGGCCGUGCCAAUUGAAGAGACGAUCGCUAAUGUGCGGACCAGUGUCUUGUCCCUCUGGCCAGAGGCGAAAGUCGAGACGUUUGGGUCCUACGCCACAGGUUUGUGGCUUCCUGAUAGUGACGUCGACCUCGUGGUGAUUCCGCGUCCAGCAUCCUGUUGUAGCCAAUCAGAAGACGCGACACAGACGACCACCGAGCAGUUACGUGAACUGGCGACUCUCUUGCAGGCGAAGCACUGGGUCGCGUCCCUCGUGGUACUCGAUACCGCCAAAGUACCGGUACUGAAAGUCCUGAGUGCCACGACGUCUGUACCCAUUGACAUUACGUUCCAGUCGGCUGCCACACACAGUGGCCUGCUCGCCCGUGACUUGAUUAAACGCUACACAGCCAAGAUACCGGAGCUCUACCCGCUCGCCAUUGUAUUCAAGCAGCUCUUGCGGGAACGAGACUUGAACGACGCGUACACGGGAGGACUGAGCUCGUACUCGCUCGUGCUCAUGCUGAUUCACUUUUCUCAGCUCUGGCGGAACGGCGACUCGUGCUUUCAAGCAGCUGCUGUGUAUGCGUCAGGGGCCUUGCCACCCCUGCCGUCGACCCUUGCAGCGUCAAGUCAGACGAUGAAGCCUGGACGACGGAUACAGAGUGACUUGACGUCAGUGAGCCAAAGGACAGCAGAAGAGACCAAGUCAAACGGGGUUGAAGCGACUGCUGUGUCGUUGCCAGCCCCAGCCUCGUCGUAUGCGACAGUUGUAGCUCGUGCAAAAACGCAGCAAACUUUGGACGGUGCAUCUCAAGAACCUGCGACGAAGCCUCGAUUUAGCUAUGCUGCCGUCGCGGCUGGGAUUGUCAAAGUGUCAGAGAACAAGAAGCCUGCUGGGCCGCCAUAUAGCUAUGCUGCUGCAGUGGCCGCACCUGCAGCAUUGCCGUCCGCGGCAUCAAAUGGCAAAAAUGCCACGACAGCUACGAAACAGGCGCAAGAUACACGCUCGUUGGAUGCAGUCAGCGUAUCGAGCAGCAACGCCGACACGGAAGACUCGAGUUCGUCGUGCAGCCAUUCUUCUUUAAUGGACAGUGACGACGAAUCCGCGAAAGUGUUGUCGCAUUUGCCUCCGGCGUCACUUGGCGAACACACAAUGAUGAUUCUCGAGUUUUUCGGCCUGAUCUUCGACUACAGCAAGAAUGGGUUGUCCGUGCGGGAUGGAGGGUAUAUUUACCGACUUGCGGAAAGCCACCGGUCACAAGUUGGCAAGCCAGCGUUGGUCAUUGAGGAUCCGAUCCAUCCAGACCGCAACGUGAGUGCAAGCAGCUUUGCUUUUUUCAAGGUUGUGGCGCUCUUCGAAGACUCUUUCUACGCCAUCAAGUAUUUCCGCGCAUCAAAGUUCACUCCAUCGGUACUGAGGUGUUUGCUUAGUACAGCAGGCCAGACGAAUGUCAGCCACAGCAACGCGGGGCCAUAG